AAAGCACAUUGUUAAUUUUCUUGUGUAUAGCAAUCGUGGAACAAUUUUUCAGAAGUCUGUGGAUGUAACUGAUGUACCUAGUAGGACAUCUGAUUAUUAGUUAGGCCUCAUGGACAAGGUAGUGGAUGAAAUUGGAGAAGAAUAUGUUGUGCAAAUCGUAACUGAUAACAAAGCUGCGAUAAAGGCUGCUGGUUACAAACUCAUGCAAAAAAGGAAGAAUCUGUAUUAGACAGGAUGUGCAGCUCAUUGUAUUGAUCUUAUGUUAGAGGAUAUUGGGAAGAAAAAAAGUAUAGCAAAGGUGUUGGAUUGUGCAAAAGUAAUCACACGCUUUAUUUACAACUCCAAUUGGGUCGUUGAUUUCAUGAAAAGAUUCACAGGAGAUAGAGAGUUGUUACGUCCUGUCAUCACACGCUUUGCCACCAAUUUCAUUACUUUGGAAAGCAUUGUUAAACAUAAGAUUGCUUUACAAGAUAUGUUUCAUUCUCAAGAGUGGAAGCACAACAAAUGGUCCAAAAAAGGAUGAUGUAAAAGAAGCGAAAAAAAUUAUACAAAGUAAAGAUUUUUGGACCAAGGCGGCAGAUGUAUUAAAAGUUCAAGAACCACUUCUAAAAGUGCUUAGACUUGUAGAUGGGGAUGAAAAGCCCACAAUGGGUUUUAUAUAUGAAGCCAUGGAUAGAGCAAAGUUGGCCAUCAAACAAAAUUGUCACUAUUAUGUAGAUUAUUGGAAGAUUAUUGAUAAUCGAUGGGCUUUCCAACUACACACGGACUUGCAUGCUGCUGGUUAUUUUUUAAAUCCCAUAUUCCAAUAUGGAGAGCACCUUUCUAAUCAUCGAGAAGUGAUGAGUGGAGUUAGAAAUGUGAUUUCGAGACUUCUACCAGAUUUAAACGAGCAAAUACAGGCGAUAAACCAAAUCUCUUUAUUUUGUAAUAAAGAAGAUUCUUUUGGUGCUGUGUUAGCACAAAGAGCAGUGAAAGCAACAAAUCUUGCUGAAUGGUGGAUCCAUUAUGGUACAUCGGCUCCGGCACUCCAAAAAGUGGCUGUGAGAGUAUUGAGCCAAACCACGUCUUAUUUUAAUUGUGAGCGCAAAUGGAGUACAUUUAGCCUGAUACAUACAAAGACAAGGAAUCGGUUGAAGUAUAAAAAAUUAAAUAAACUUGUUUAUGUGUAUUACAAUAUGAGGCUAAAGAUCAGACAUGCAACACGAAAAAGCCAAGAUGACAGAGAGGAAUCUUUUAACCCCAUCAAUCUUGACUAUAUAUUUGAAGAAGAUGAUCUAUUAACUCCAUGGCUUAAAGAGAGAGAACAUGCAGUCUUGGAUGAUGAAGAUAACUCAGGUUGGUUGAUUGUUGAUGAUGAUGAUGAUGAUGAGGGAGAUCAUGCAACUAGUAGCCAAGUACCUCAACACCAUCAAAGAGCAGGGUCUGCUGGAAGUGGCUCUAGUGAGGGUCGCGGUUUGAGUCCACCUAGUGGUAGUGGAGAUGAUAGUGAUGGCAGUCGUCCUCUAACAGGUGGUGGUAGUGGUGGACAAUGGGAGUCUGCAGGUUCUGCACAUGGUUGUAGACGUAGUGUUCAUCAUAUUGAUCAUGAUUGGAAUAGGGAUUCUACACAGCAACGACGACAUUCUAUUUCUACUCCUGAUGUAGAAGCAUCAAUUGGGCGUUCACGACAUAUUGAUGAUAUUUAUGGUCAUCGUGACCUUAGAAAUUAAUUUGGACACCUCGGAGUUAGACAAGAAGAUGGAAGGGGAACUCAACAUUGGCGACCAAUAUGCCAAGUACCAUAUCCUUAUUACCCUCCUCCAAGUCAACCACCACCACACAUCUAUCAACCACCUUAUAUGGAAAAUUGGAACUACUCUCAACAACCUCAUCAAUAUCCAUAUAUAGAGGGUUUCAAUUAUGGUACAGGGGGGCUUGCAAUGACACAACAACAAUCAAGUAGCAGUGGCAGCAACAACACUACUUAUGAUCAAUGCACUUUUAAUAACUACUACCAGGAAUAUCAAUAUGGAGAAAUAGGCCAACCAAUUCAUAGUGAUGAUCAAAGUGAUGUGAGAUAUAGAGAUUCUUCUGUA